CUAAUGCGAAACAGAAAAGGUAAAAAAAUCUAGACAUGGGAAAACUAAUUUUGGGUUUCGUUGAAAAAAUACUUGUAUUAAUUAUAAGCCAAGGUUUGGUGUGUGUUUGCACAUGGAAAAAUAAAAAUUUCAUUGUGAAAGCAGAAGAAUUUCCAGCCAUGUUCGUGUUUGGAGAUUCUUUGGUCGACUGUGGAAACAACAAUUACUUAAGUUCAUUAGCAAGAUCAGAUUAUUUGCCAUAUGGUAUUGAUUUCUACGCAGGUCCCACUGGCAGAUUUUCUAAUGGAAAGACCAUCAUAGAUUUUCUUGGAGAUUUGGUUGGUCUUCCUCUUCUUCCACCUUUCGAAGAUACCAUCAUUUUCGGAAGAGAUAUACUUAAGGGAGUAAAUUAUGCUUCAGCGGCAGCUGGGAUACUUGAUGAGAGUGGAAGAAGUCUGGGAGAUAGGUUCAGCCUAAGUCAGCAGGUGGAUAAUUUUAAAGUUACAUUGAGCCAACUGAAGAGAAAAAUGGUUGAAAGAAAAUCGGAAGAAUUGCUGAGAAAAUCAUUGGUUGUGAUGAAUGUUGGUAGCAACGACUACAUAAAUAAUUUUCUCAUUCCCUCUUUAUAUCCCAAUACCUCCUCUCGUUACAACGCUCAAGACUAUGCUCAUCUUCUCAUCAAUCAUUACACUACCCAUGUAUUGGUGCUACACAAUUUAGGUUUGAGAAAAUUCUUAUUGGCUGCAGUUGGACCUCUUGGUUGCAUGCCAAAUCAAAUAGCCACCGGAGUUGCACCACCAGGGAAGUGCAUAACUUAUAUUAACGAUAUGGUUGAAAUAUUUAACAAAAAACUCCUCUCCCUAGUUGAUCAACUCAACACCAAUUACAGCAAGUCCUCAGCCUUUGUCUUUGGCAAUACUUAUGGAGUUUUUACUGACAUACUCAAUCGACCUGAUGAUUAUGGAUUUAGCGAGACAGAUAGAGGGUGUUGUGGAAUUGGGCGGAAUAAAGGGCAAAUAACAUGUCUUCCUUUUGCAAUACCAUGCUUUAACCGAGACCAAUACAUCUUCUGGGAUGCUUAUCAUCCAACUCAAGCUUUUAAUCAAAUUGUUGCUCAGAGAGCUUACACUGGUGGUCUUUCAGAUUGUUACCCUAUGAAUGUCAAACAAAUGGCUCAGGUCUGAAUUAUUAUUACUCUUAAACAAGUCACAAUUAUAAUGUAUAUUACUCUUUAAAAUUAUUAUUUAUUUAGUAUUUACAUGCAUAUGUAUGAAUUACCAUCAAAUUAAUCACAAUUAUUAUCUUCAUUUA